UUCCGCCCUGCCAUCGGCGCACGCAGCAUAUCCAAAGUUCUUUCUUCCGCCGCAAGAAGCCCAGCCGGCGCCACCUGUUUGUCUGCCUCGAUAUAACCGCCCAUCUCGAUUCGAUCGCGAAGUCACCAUUCACCAACCAAAGUCCAGUGUCUCCAUCGCGGCUGCCACGCCUCUCGCGCACGCGCAGGACGACCAAUGGCUUCCAGGAAGUUCUUCGUGGGCGGCAACUGGAAAUGCAACGGCACCGGCGAGGACGUGAAGAAGAUCGUCACCGUCCUCAACGAAGCCGAGGUGCCCACUGAGGACGUCGUCGAGGUGGUGGUGAGCCCGCCUUUCGUUUUUCUGCAGCAGGUCAAGGGGCUGCUGCGGCUGGACUUCGCUGUCGCAGCGCAGAACUGCUGGGUGCGCAAGGGCGGCGCCUUCACCGGCGAGAUCAGUGCUGAGAUGCUGGUGAACCUGCAGGUGCCCUGGGUCAUUUUGGGGCAUUCUGAGCGCAGAGCUCUGUUGGGUGAAUCCAGUGAUUUUGUUGCUGAUAAAGUUGCAUAUGCACUCACCCAAGGUCUCAAGGUAAUUGCUUGCAUUGGUGAGACCCUUGAGCAGAGAGAGGCAGGAACGACAAUGGAUGUUGUUGCUGCACAAACAAAGGCUAUUUCUGAAAAAAUAUCAGAUUGGACAAAUGUUGUGUUGGCGUAUGAACCAGUUUGGGCUAUUGGGACCGGCAAGGUUGCAACCCCUGCUCAGGCUCAGGAGGUUCAUGAUGGUCUAAGAAAGUGGCUUCACUCCAAUGUUAGCCCAGCAGUUGCUGAAUCGACCAGGAUAAUUUAUGGAGGGUCUGUAAAUGGAGCUAACUGCAAAGAACUUGCAGCUCAAGCAGAUGUUGAUGGGUUCCUUGUUGGUGGAGCCUCAUUGAAGCCUGAGUUCGUGGACAUCAUCAAGUCUGCCACUGUCAAAUCUUCAUUAGUAGGAUUAAAGGCGUGUGUUCUCUCUGCUUUAACUCGGCGAUGGCGAGCCUUGUGCGACCGCUUCAGAGCUUUGACUUGGACAGAGCCCAGCCAUGGCAGCCGGAGCGAGGCGCCGAUAAAUACGCGCGCCCGCGCCCGGUCACGCAUCUUAGCUAAGCCUUGUCCCUUGUUAGUUACAGCCGGUAGAGUAUUGACUAGAGCGGGAGGAAAGAGCAUCUCCAAUCCAACGCCGGCGCCGAGGGAGAAGGAAAGGAGGGGAACGAUCGGAACGAGCAUGGGGAAGGGCGUCCUGGAAGUGCACCUCGUCGACGCCAAGGGCCUCUCCGGCAGCGAUUUCUUAGGGAAGCUGGACCCCUACGUGAUCGUGCAGUACCGGAGCCAGGAGCGCAAGAGCAGCGUCGCCCGAGACCAAGGGAGGAACCCGUGCUGGAACGAGGUGUUCAAGUUCCAGAUCAACUCCGCCGCGGCCAACGCGCAGCACAAGCUCAUCCUCCGCAUCAUGGACCACGACAACUUCUCCAGCGACGACUUCCUCGGCGAGGCGACGAUCGACGUGACGGACAUCGUCGGCCUGGGCACGGAGCGCGGCACGUACCACCUCAACGCGGCCAAGCACAACGUGGUGCUCCCCGACAAGACGUACCACGGCGAGAUCAAGGUCGGCAUCACCUUCACCGCCACGCAGGUUCAGGAAGAUGGAGGAGCCAUUGGAGGAUGGAGGCACAGUAGCUUUAAUCAGUGAAAGGCGGCGAAGGCCGUGGUGAUGAACUCUCAAAAGUUCUUUGGUUGCUACUAGCUUGGUAGUGUUUUAGUUGAAUGUAUAGUUUUGUUUAUCUCCACGAGCACAUCUGUAAUUCUGUAUUGAAGAGUGGUUAAAACGGUCAGAUCCGUAUGACUUUUAAGACACCAUGAAUUUAGCAAUUGUUGAUAGACAGACUCUUCUUUUGUGGAGCA